AUGGGCGGUAACCCUCACAACAGCUCAGAGUGGCCAACUUUCAUCCUGACAGGGCUCCCGGGGCUGGAGACCUCCCAAGACUGGCUGUUUCUGCUCCUUGGUACCUUGUACGCGGUCUCCAUCGUGGGCAAUGCCCUCAUCCUAUUCAUUAUCAAGGAGGAGCAGAGCUUGCACCAGCCUAUGUACUACUUCCUGUCCCUGCUCUCAGUUAACGAUCUAGGCGUGUCUUUCUCCACGCUGCCCACGGUGCUGGCCACAUUUUGCUUCCACUUCAGGGAAAUCAGCUUUGAUGCCUGCAUGGCUCAGAUGUUCUUCAUCCACCUCUUCUCCUUCAUGGAGUCUGGGAUUCUGCUGGUCAUGAGCUUUGACCGCUACGUGGCCAUCUGCAAGCCACUGCACUACGCCACUGUGCUCUCUGAUGGCCGUAUUGUACGCAUGGGCGUGUCUGCCUUCAUCCGCAGCUUCUGCCUGGUUUUCCCACUGCCUUUCCUGCUGAAGAGGUUGCCCUUCUGCAAGGCCAACAUAUUGUCCCAUGCCUACUGCCUGCAUCCGGAUCUGAUCCGUCUUCCCUGCGGUGACAUCACCAUCAAUAAUCGCUUUGGUCUCUUCAUUGUCAUCUCCACCUUUGGCCUGGACCCUGCACUCAUUCUCCUCUCUUACGCGCUCAUAGUGCGCUCGGUACUCGCCAUCGCAUCCCGGGAGGGACGGCUAAAGAUGCUGCACACGUGUGUGUCACACACGUGUGCGGUGCUCAUCUUCUAUGUGCCCAUGGUUGGGGUGUCCAUGGCCGCUCGCUACGGGAGGCACGCCCCGCCGCACCUGCACACACUCCUGUCCCUGGUGUAUCUCUUUGUGCCUCCGAUGCUCAACCCUGUCAUCUAUUCCAUCAAAACCAAAGAGAUCCGCCAGAGGCUGUGCAGAAUGCUGGCGGGAACCAAGUUUUAA